CAGCCUGUAGAAAAAGAUUAAUAUAUAAAAUAGGGGUUUUGAUCCGUGAUUGGUAAUGAUGGCAGCGACACCGGAGAACGACGACGACGACCUAUCCGCGGGGAAAUCGACGGCGCUGCACGAUAUGACGACUUUCUCCCGCCACCGCUUCGGAAGCUCAAAUAGUUCGGAAGAUGAGUUCUUCAUCACCAUUAUUGAGAAUAUGAAAGAAGAAUACGGUCUGUUUGUGUGGCCGUGUAGUGUUAUUUUAGCGGAGUACGUUUGGCAGCAAAGAUCACGCUUUUCCGGCACCACCGUUGUGGAGCUUGGUGCAGGAACUUCAUUGCCUGGAUUAGUUGCUGCAAAAUUGGGUGCAGAUGUCACACUGACAGACGAUUCAAACAGACCUGAGGUCUUGGCUAACAUGAGAAGGCAGUGUGACUUGAACAAUGUGAAGUGUAAGAUAAUGGGUCUUACAUGGGGACAGUGGGACUCAAAUGUCUUUGAUCUACACCCAAACAUUAUCCUUGGAGCUGAUGUUCUUUAUGAUGCAAAUGCUUUCGAUGAUCUUUUUGCUAGCGUGACAUUUUUGCUUGAGAAUUCGCCAUCGUCUGUUUUUAUGACUACUUAUCACAGUAGAAGCGGGCAUCAUCUGAUUGAAUUUUUGAUGGUGAAGUGGGGGUUGAAGUGUGUGAAGCUUCUUGAUGGAUUCUCAUUCAUGCCAGCCCAGAAAGCAUCUGGUUUGAGUGGUGAUAUCCAGUUAGUUGAGAUUGCUUUGGAUGGACAGUAAACAAUACUGUAGAAUAUGACCAACUCACCCUUUUUCUUUGAUCGCAAGUCAAAUAGCUUCAUAUUACGUAGUAUGAAGUAAUAUGACGUUCAUGAUCUUCAGAAUCUCGUGAUCUUCCAAUUAUUACGUCAUUAUAGUUAUCACAUGUAGUAAUUAUUUUCAGAGUAUUUUAUAAUCAUUAAAAGUGUGUUUGGCAUAGCUGGUUUUUUAUGUAAUUUUAGAAUGGAAUACUCAAUAAUGGAUUAUGAUCAAAAUCAGUUUUUGUU